UCUUACAAGUGAUAUACAAUUAUUUUAUUUACAAAUACCGCACCUAAGACAUUAUAGAAUACACGUUUGCAAUGGAUGUCGAUGAAGAAAUGUACGAACCAGAUUCGAUGGAUUCUAAAGAAACGGAAAGCUCCGAGGAGCCUUCCACCAGCUCGGGCUGCGCUAAAAAACGUUUUGAGGUCAAAAAGUGGAAUGCCGUAGCUCUUUGGGCCUGGGACAUUGUCGUAGAUAAUUGUGCCAUCUGCCGCAAUCACAUCAUGGACCUCUGUAUCGAGUGCCAGGCCAGUCAGAGUGUCGUCACAACUGAGGAGUGCACUGUGGCUUGGGGAAUAUGCAAUCAUGCCUUCCACUAUCAUUGCAUUUCACGCUGGCUAAAGGCCCGUGACGUCUGCCCGCUCGACAAUCGUGAAUGGGAGUACCAGAAGUAUGGACGUUAAAUCAAAUAUUUCUCCAGGCCACAACAUCCGAAUAUAUGUAUGAGCAUAUGGCAUAUAUUUAUACAAUUGUGCCACAUAACUGCACAUAUACACUGGUAUUACUAUAAAUAAUCAUAUCCAUGUCCAUCACAUCUGGUGCCCGCUAAUGCAUCCAAACCAACACAUCCUCUAAGCCUCCAGUCAUUGCUCGACAAACAAUAAACACAAUAAGGUGCUGCAUUUUGGCAUAUCACAUGCAGUGAUGAUAAUAAUUGAGCUAUUUGCUGUUUCCUAAACAAUUGAAUUUUAAUGCAUAACAUAGACCCAAUUUAUUUUGCCUCCAAAAUAUCCAAAAGCAACUACAACUACAAAUUGUUCAUCCAUCCAUCGGGUUUAACAAUAACCGAAAACAUGGCAAGUAAACUGAAGGUUGAAACAAAUAUUUUAUAAAAACCACUG